CGUCUUCCCCUAAAACCCCCUUUCAACCUCUGUUUGUUCUCAUGGCGUCGUCGGAUUCUGUUGCCCUUUCUUCCAGAGUUCGUCGGGAAACGGCGGAGAAAGCCGUUGAGUCUCUUCUUCAAUGGCGAAAUUCGAAACGAGAGAAACCCCAACUCUUCGACCAGGAAGAUUUUUUAUACCUCGUUGUAGCCCUAAAGAAAAUACCUCCCAAAGGUCGCACAAACCCUUACAAAAUCCCACUCCCACAUUCCUUCCGCUCUGAUUCUUCUGAAAUCUGCCUCAUAAUUGACGACAGAAGCAGGUCCAAUCUUACCAAAGAUGACGCCAGGAAGAAAAUUCAGUUGGAGAAUAUCCCAAUCUCGAAGGUCAUCAAGUUGUCGAAGCUUAAAUCCGACUACCGUCCCUUUGAAGCUAAGCGAAAGCUCUGCGAUUCGUACGAUAUGUUUUUCGCUGAUGAUCGGGUUAUUCCGCUGCUGCCGAGUCUGUUGGGGAAGCACUUUUACAAGAAGAAGAAGAUUCCGGUUCCGUUGAAUUUGAGACAUAAGAAUUGGAAAGAACAGAUCGAGAGGAGCUGUUCAUCAGCUUUGUUGUAUUUGAGGACAGGUACUUGUAGUGUAGUGAAAGUAGCGAAGACUUCGAUGGAAGUUGAAGAGAUAGUGAGUAAUGUGAUUGCAGCCAUUGAUGGGAUUGCCGAGAUUGUGCCUAAAAAGUGGAGUAAUGUGCGGUCGUUUCAUUUGAAGGUCCUGGAAUCGAUUGCAUUGCCAAUUUACCAGACAGUGCCGGAGUUGAAGUUGAAGAUUGAUGCUGCCGUGAAGGGGGAAGAAAAGGGAGCAGAAAAAGAAGAUGAAGCAGGAAAGAGUCCUACUCCUGUGAAGGUUAGCGACAAAAAAGAGAAAAAGUCGAGCAUGAAAAAGGGUAGGAUACAUGAAGUUCGCUAUAUGGACAGUAAUGGCGGAGAGUUGUCUGAUGAAGAUGACCUGAACGGUGAUCUCGAUGAAGACAUGGAUAAUGCUGAGGUUAGUGAGAAUCUCAAAAAGGGUAGUGAUGAAUUGAAGCGUAAGACACGGAGUAGAGUGAACAAUGUUAAACAAGAGCUCCAAAAUGACUUGAAUUCUGAGAAAACAUUGAAGAAAUCAACUGGUGUGAAGAAGGAUGACAGUGUCAAACAAAAAAAGGAAAAGAUAUCUGCAAAGAAGGAUGAUACUGUCAAACAAAAAAAGGAUAAGGUAGCUGCGAAGAAGAAGGAUGGAGGUAAUAUCAAGCAAAAGGAAGUUGAAGAUGAAGGGUCUGCUGGGAAGAAGGUAAGAAAGAGUGGGGUUUGGAAGUCGAAAGCUGCUGAUGGAACAAAGGUGAAGACAAAGAAAUUGAAAGCGAUGAAGUGAUUGUUAGAGAUUGAUGAAGCUUGAGGAGCUCUGAAGGGACUCUCAUCUUCAUGAUCCAAGUAUGCUUACACAUCCCGCUUUUUAAGUGGCAAGUUUUGAGUAUCUCUAAUCGUUUUCCAUUUUUUCAUCAUGUUUGGAAAAUGAACUGAUUGAUUUAUAUGUCUAUGUCUACUGUCUGUUCUUAGUUAAAGAAAUUCUGAAAUCUUGAUGUUUGCUCUUUACCUGUGUUAAAAUGCUUUCGUUUCU